AUGGAGAUCCAUUGGUUAUGCGUAGGGCGAAUGGUUGGCUCUAUGAUCAAAUUUACCCAGAUAGAGGGCCUUCAAACCAACCGGAUAAGAAGAAGAAAGGCAAGGGGCGCCCGAAAGGAAACAAGAACAAGCCAUGUGAACAAGUCUAUACUCAAAUGGGAUUUUCGGCAACCUGAUGGGCCUCCUCAAGAUGUGGUGCAGCAAAACAUUUACGAAUAUGUUGUCCUAGAGAGGAUUGUGCCUUGUAUGAUUCCCUACAUUAAUGGAUAUGUUGAUGUGCUGGGUGAUGGAAACUGUGGAUUCCGCGUUGUGGCGAGCCAUUUGUUUGGAUCUGAGCAUCAAUGGCAUAAUGCUAGAAGAAUUGGCGCAAAUGAGCUAGAGAAACGUUCAGAUUUGUACGAUUUCUUCUUCGAAAGGGACAUUCCCAAGCAUGUUCACCACAUACGAUGGUAUGAGAGUCCUUGUUCUGAAGAUCAUUACAUGAUUACUUUUAUGGACUUGCUGAUGUAUGCCAUUCGCUUCAACAUGGUUAUCUUCUUGUACAGGCAUGGAGUAAGAAGUCAGAAUAUGAAUACAUCAUCGAGCACUAUAUUGCCCCUCAUCGCUCCCAGGGGCUCUAAUGGGCCUUUAACCGGACCUGUUCGGGAGAUUACCAUUGCUCACCUAGGCGAUUACAAGCAUUACAUUCGGCUAGAUUUUGUGGGUUCAGAUUUUCUAGUUCUGUCCAUACCUUAUCAAUGGUUCUGCUACCGUGACACUUUUGUUAUGGGUUGGGAGCAUCCAUAUCUUAAGAGAAUAGAUCUUUGGCACACUUUAUGUCCUGAUAAUAGACGGACACAAUCCUCUCAGUCUUAUCCCUUUAAUGUUGAGUAG